AUGACAUCCUCCAACACCCUUCUAGAACCAAUAGCUGUUAUAGGUAUAGCAUGUGAAUUCGCAGAUGUUGGUACUGCAACAUCAAUUGAUCGAUUUGAUCUUGAAUCAUUUACUGCUCAUAUGCAUAAUAUGAAUAAUAAUGGACAACUUCGUCAACAACUUCUUCGUGUUGAUGCUGAACCAGCCAAUAUUGAUCCAUGUCAUAGAUCACUUAUAUUAAAAUUUGUUGAUUUACUUGAUGGUGCUGAAUAUAGUGUUGGAAAAAUGUCAGAUGAUGGUCUUGCUCUUUUACUAUUAAAACAAUUAAGUGAUGCUGAACGUGAUGGCGAUC